UCCGCUGCAGCAACAGAAGAAGAAGCUUCGUCUCCAUUUUUCAUCAGUUUGUUGAAGCCAAGCCAUCGACGACCUAGAAGACAACCCUCCGCAAUAUCGAUACUGUACUCGAAGAACAAGCAAAAUAAGAUACUGACUGCAGACAUGUGGGAUGGGCCGGGGCCAGGGCAAGGACCACGGGGAGGACCACCCUUUCGUGGUGAUCAUCGUGGAGAAAUGUUUGGGGGCAGAGAUCGAUCCAUGCCUGAUUACAGAGGUAGAGAUGGGAUGAACAUGGGUUCCAUGGGUCAUAUGGGCCCAAGACCUCUAGAUGUACCACCUAUGGACAUGAGGAGGAUGGAUGGACCACCCAUGAGGGGGCGUGAUAUGGACCCACGUGAAAUGCGAGGUAGAGAGCCAAACAGAGAUUUCUUCAGACCUGGAGAAGAGCCAGACUUCAGCCUUAGAAGGCAUUAUGAAAUUGCCAUCAGAGACAAACUGAUGAAUUCUUCUGGUUUCCCGGGACCAGGCAGGAACUCAGGAGACAUGGGUGGGAGGGGUAUGCCACCAAGGGAUCCAAACAGCAAAUUUAUAGACACGAGAGACAGAGAGUCGUUUCAUUACAACACACCACGGUUCAAUAACCCCAAUAUUGAUGGAAGAAGAGGGUUUCCUGCAGACCGAAUGGAGAGAAAUGACGGAUUUAGGGACAUGCGUGAACGGCCUCCAAUGGGCAUCGGUGACAAUGAUCGCUAUGAUAUGGACUUACCUCCACGUGAAAGGAGAAUGAUGGACACUGACAGACGAGGAGGGCCUCCAUUCAAUCCAAGAGGUGGAUUUGAUUCUGAUAUGGAUUUCAGAAAUCGUCCUGGACCAUCAGCUGAAUUAAGAGGUAGAGACCGAUCACCCUUAAGAUUUGGAAAUAGUGAUAUCCCUCCAAUGGACAGGGCAAGGCCAGACAUGCCUUCAGAUGUUGCUGGCCCUCAUAGAUCAGAGUUUAUGGGUCCAGAAGACGGUCUCAGAGAGAGAGAGUAUCGAGAUUCAAGUGACAGUCCCCUUGUGGAUUAUCGGAGUGGUGAAGAGAUGACUCUUGCAGAAGAAUGGAAGAACCGUCGAAAGGACAAAAACCCUUUCUUAAACAUGGGUAAAGGUAUGGGAGGUGUACCUGAACCCAGCUUCCCUGUAGGUUUCGGCAGAGAUGUGAAUGUUAGAGAUCCACCACCGUUUCAGGAAAGGGAUAGGCCACCUGUUGAAUUCCCAAGGAAAGAUGUUGGCUUUCCUCAUGGUGACCACUUUUCUGCUAUUGACCUACCACCAAUUGGCAACAAAGGUCCACAAGAUCACCCGCCUCCAGAAAUAAGUCCUCUUACUGGCCCUCUUGGUAGAGAAAAUGAGAGUAAACAUUGGCUUGGAGAAAGGGACCCAAAGCAUAAUCAGAAUAAAUCGCAUCAUGAUGAAAGGCCACCUUACCAUCAAGAGAAGAAUCAGCCUGCACGCGAGCUGCAGGAGACAAAUGAUUGUUUUACAGGGUUGAAAAACAUCCCGCACAAUCAAGGACCUGUCAGGGGAAAGAUGGGGGUGGAACGUGAUUUCCAAAACAGCAGCACUGGGCAGGCGAGAGACCAAGACUACAGAGACAUUGAUUACAGAACAGGGUCCGGGAGGGCUUUUGAUUACAAACGCGAGGAGCUUCAGCCAGCGGAGAAACUCAUCAAAGAAUCGAAACCAAUCACACCUUCAAAAUUUAGUGAGUCUGGUUCUCAGGAUCAAGAUUACAGAAGUGCAUCAGUGGAGGACAAAGUUUCCAAUACAAUAUCCAUUAUUGGUAUUCCAAAGACUGCCACAAUGGAGCAGAUUCUUGGUGCCUUUGUAGUCCGUGAUGGUGUGCCAAUGCAGGGGAUGAAAAUCAAAAAUGUUGUGCCAGGUUACAGCUACGAUACGGCCUAUGUGGAGUUUUUAAACCUCGAGGAUGCAGUCCACUUCAUGGAGUCCAACAAGGGAUCCCUAAAGGUUGGCACUAGAACGGCGACCAUGAAAUUCAUCAAGCCAGACGAAUGUGAAAAAAGGGUUCAUGAAUCAAAUCACAAAAUACCUCAACUCCAGGAGCCCCAGUUGCCCAGACCAGAUGAACCUUCAAAGGAACUGAAGACUAACCUGAAUGGGUCCAACCCAAAAGCUCCUAUGGAGCCGUUGUCCCACGGCCUGUGGCAGCGUAGCUCUGACCUGACCCCAGAGGCAUGGCAGCAGCAGGUGGACCAACAGCUCCAACAGCAAGAGACCGAGCAGCAGCCAGAGUCCUGGGGCAACCGCAACCUUCCUCAUCACAGUUCACACCAAUCUGACUCGGUCUUUAAAGACAGUAAAACCAUGAUAAUAAAGAACGUGAAGCCCACCACCACAGUAGAGACUAUCCUGAAAGCCUUGGAUCCCUUUGCAUAUCUGGAUGAAAGAAAUGUCCGUCUAGUGAAGGCAAAGCCACCUGGAGCAAAGUGCUUCUGCUUUGUUGACAUGGACUCCCAUGAGCAAGUGACACGUCUGGUUGAGCUCCUCACUAAACCCAGACCCCUUUAUAUUGAUGGAGUCAGAGUUUAUGCCGAGGUUGCAAAACCUUUGAAGAACCAAAAUUUCAGAAGAGAUUUUGAUAAACCAAACAGUUCUAUUCUCGGGUAUCCACCUGAGGCCAGCUUGAUAGGGCAACAGCAGCAGCAUUUCCCACAACCUCCACAGUUCUUGCAACCCCUGCAGCCACCUGCUGGUGCUCCUGCUGUUAUGCAAGGUGAUUUGUUGACUGGCACUAAUCCCCCUCUGUCGUCUGACCCCAUCAUUAGCCAGGGAGUUGGCUACUGUGAGACUCCAACCGUUGACCCUUCAUUCCAUGCUGGUGGACCCAAUGUGCCUACAGAAGCUGCUGGGAUGACCGCCACCCCAGACGGAUCACAGGCCUACAUCUAUGGCUCUGAGAUUCCGGACAUGACAAACUAUUUGUAUGAUGCCACGUCGGGCUUCUACUACGAUCCUGAGACAACACUGUACUACGACCCUAACUCUAGGUAUUUCUACAAUGCUCAAACCCAGGAGUACAUGUACUGGGAUGCAGUGUCAAAGACCUACAUCCCAGUUCCAGGAGGGAAAUCUGCAGAGACCCAACCUGUGCCCAUGACCGCUGAAGACCAGGCCAUUCUUUCCAACCCAGCUGCAGAUGCUCCUUUGGAAAUGAAGAAGCCAUCAGUGCCUCCCCAUGCUGCAGCAGCUCAAAUGUCUGCUCCGGAGCUUGUCCCCACUUCGACAGCCACUCCCGAGAAGAAAGAUGAUGAUGAUUCUACUAAAAAGGACAAAGAUAAGGAUAACAAAGAGGAGAAACCGAAAAGUCUUGCUGCUGUGAAGAUCAUGAAAGAUAUGGAGCGCUGGGCAAAGAUCCAGAACCGUCAAAAGGAAAGUGUACGUGCCCCAUCGCCGGUUCUGAAGACUGGAAUGGACGAUGAUAAGAGGCAGUCUAAGUCGGCUGAUGCUGGUUUUGCUAUCUUUGAGAGGAAGAUCUCAGGUGGAGACGAUCUUUUUAAAAAGCCCCUUGCUCCCCCUAAGAAAGAUGAAAAGUCAAAGCGUCCAAUGGGCUCCCUGGGUCUACUGGCAUCAGACUAUGCAGCUGGCAGUGAUGAAGAGGUGGAAGAGGAUAAGGAAGAGGGAGCUAAAAGCAGUCAAGGCAGCCAUUCUGAAGACAAAGAUGACAAACUGACAGACUGGAAGAAGAUGGCCUGCCUGCUGUGUAGGAGACAGUUCCCCAACAAGGAUGCUCUGAUCCGCCACCAGCAGCUUUCCGACCUGCACAAACAAAAUAUGGAGAUCCACCUUAAGAUCAAGAGGUCAAAGAAGGAAUUGGAAGCAUUAGAGAACCAGGAAAAAGAACUGAAUGCCAGAGAAGCAUCCAGAUCACCAGAACAGAAAAGAAGAAAACACCAUCACCAACAACAGCAGCACCAUAAUACCUGGGCUGGAAGCUCCAGGGAGAUGAACAAAGUCAGUGAGAGGCCUGGUUUAGGGGCGGAACCUGUCCCGCAGAGGAAAAAGAAAGAGCCUGUCGUUUGGGACCAUGCCACCUACAAACAAGCAGUACGCAAGGCCAUGUUUGCACGGUUCAAGGAACUCGAGUGAUCUCAUCCAAACACAUCCUCACUUUGAUAUGUGAAGUGUUAAUGACAACCUCGGCGUGAGAAAUACCUUUGACUGUCUUUACUGUUUCUCAGCCUUGGACAUCACUACACUGUAGAGCCACAGUUUUCUACACAGAGAUGAAGUGACAAAAGAUGUGGCCAAAAACCACAUUACAUGGGUUCAGUGGAGCCAAAACAAACAGACAAAAACAAGAUUUAUUUGACAUCCUCAACGAUGGGUGUUGUACAGAAAUUAAUUCAUACUGUUGAUUCGAGCAUUUUUGCCCAUGUUUUAUGUGUGGCCUGUAUGUGGAAAUGUGAAGUGUGUCCAUACUGUCUUUUUUUUUUUUUUUUUUUUUUUUUUUUUUUUUUUUUUAAUGAUGCUGUCACAAAGGCCACAGUCACAUUUUGUUUUGAAACUGAACAAUUUUUACAUUUUCAUUUUCAUGGGUUGGAAUUGCUCUUAUAUGUGCAUAUUUUUUAAGUAAAAAAACUGUUAUUGAUAACCCUUCUGCUUAAAGUUUUUAUUUUGCUUGUGUUUUAAUUGUGUUGGAUUCAAUUUGAAGUCUGCAGAACAUCCAUCUCAUGGCCACUAGAUGGCAGCAAAAUUACAUUUUCUUUUGGUUGUUUUGCGUACAUGUGACGUAUCCAAGUAAGAUUGGUGAAUCAAAUCAUCAGUAUUAAUUUGAUGUAUUUACCAGGUGAAAGAAAAGAUAUCGUAAAAGUCAAGUGGAUAUAUCCUUGUAAUUAGAGUUUGGUCCCAUGGACACCAGUAAAGUGGUCUUUCUAACUUGCUUUAUGCAUUUUCUUCCUUUGACAGUGAUUUCAGUCCUCAGUCGAUGCGGCUUUAAUGUUUCCCAGUUGUGCACUGCAGGAGUUAGAACAUGAAGCCUCCCUCUGACCUUUACUGAUAUGAAGGCACCAGCCUGCACCCUCCCUCUGGCUGUGGCUCAAUGAAUGUAGAGGAUUGCAUGGGUUUAGUGUGCUGACAUACUAGCUCCUCUGAGAGCAGUAACAAGAACACUGGGGAGCCUGAGGAGCUGCAGUCAAUGACAAACACGGAGACGGUGUGGAAGGGAGCAGGGAGGGAGCCAAAACCUUUGUGCAAGAGCAAUCGUGCUUCCUACUGUGAGCUUUCUUUUGGCCCGAACAGGUUGCUUGCAUUUUGCUUUCAUGCCUCCCACGGCCUGGCCCCUCUCCAUACAGCAGUGGGUAAAAUGCCAAAGUUGAACAUCUUUUUUUUUUUUUUCCCCUGAGAAUGACUGACAAAAUAUGGAGUCUCUUUGUCUGAGGAGCAACAACAAAACUUUACAAUUCCGUGUAAACCUUGUUUUGUGGCCUGGCAACAAAACAGAGGAAAGUACAAUAAACGAAUACACAGUGAUUAUCUCAGGUUCAGAUGUACGUGCAGUAAGCCCUGACCAUGAACUUACCAUAGCUUUUGCUCAGUUGUAGGACUUUCCGAAAGAAACCCAAUUUUGUAUUAAAACCAGUAUUAGUCUUUAUUCUGUCUAGGCAGGGAGGUGGUCAGGAUUCAGAACAUCCCUCUUUGUUUCAAUUUGUAUUUAAAAUCACAUUCUCGAAGAUUGGCAGCAUCCUUUUCAACUCUGCAUCACACCCUUCCCUCAGGAGGGGAAAACAUGUUUGUAUUGAAUCUAACUUGUUCUGUUUGUCUUCAGUUUACAUGUCUGUGUGGUACCUCAGUUAUUAAUUAUCAGCUCUAAAGAUAGGUAUCAAGAUUUCCCACAGCCAUUCCCGCAUAUUAAAUUUAUAAUGUGGUAAAAGUUGUGGAAAAUCUUUGUUCAGUAGCAUGAUUCAGACCACACAGGUCUUAUCAAAUGAGCCAAACACAAAGCAAGAAAAAGUCAUGUUUCAUUACGCCCUCUCUGUUUACAUGAUUACCUAAAAUUGAGCAUAUUUUUGACAUAAUACAGGGAAAGGAUGAACCACAUUUACUGCCACACAAAAAAACACUGUACCUAUUUGUCUUUAAAGCAAUUUAGUGGGCACUGUAUUCCCACGAGUCCUUGGAAUAAAAGAUUGCUUGCA